AUGGCCAGCAUGGCCGUGCAGCUGCUGGGCUUCCUGCUCAGCUUCCUGGGCAUGGUGGGCACGCUGAUCACCACCAUCCUGCCGCACUGGCGCCGGACCGCCCACGUGGGCACCAACAUCCUGACGGCCGUGUCCUACCUGAAGGGGCUGUGGAUGGAGUGCGUGUGGCACAGCACGGGCAUCUACCAGUGCCAGAUCUACCGCUCGCUGCUGGCGCUGCCCCAGGACCUGCAGGCGGCCCGGGCGCUCAUGGUCAUCUCCUGCCUGCUGGCGGGCGCGGCCUGCGCCUGCGCCGUCGUGGGCCUCCAGUGCACGCGCUGCGCCAAGGGCACGCCGGCCAAGGCCACGUGCGCCGUGCUGGGCGGGGCGCUCUUCCUGCUGGCCGGCCUGCUCUGCAUGGUGGCCGUGGCCUGGACCACGCACGACGUGGUGCAGAGCUUCUACAACCCGCUGCUGCCCAGCAGCAUGAAGUUCGAGAUCGGGCAGGCCCUGUACCUCGGCUUCAUCUCCUCCUCCCUGGCGCUCAUCGGCGGCACGCUGCUCUGCCUGUCCUGCCUGGACGAGGCGCCCUCCCGGCCCUACCCCGCCCCGCCCCGGGCCGCCACGGCCACGGCCACCGCCACCGCGCCCUCCUACCGGCCGCCCGCCGCCUACAAGGACAACCGGGCGCCCUCGGUCACCUCCGCCUCGCACAGCGGGUACCGGCUCAACGACUACGUGUGA